GUCUCAGGUGUUGAUUUUAGAGUGAAGAAGAUGGUGGUGGACGGCCGUGCAGUACAGCUUGCCAUAUGGGACACGGCAGGACAGGAGCGCUUUAGGACACUGACUCCCAGUUAUUACCGAGGAGCUCAAGGGGUUGUUUUAGUGUAUGAUGUUACAAGAAAAGACACUUUCACAGGACUAGAAAGCUGGCUGAAGGAGCUGGACAUCUAUACCUCCAAAAGCAACACUGUGAAGAUGUUGGUUGGCAAUAAAACUGAUAAGCCUGAUCGUGAAGUAGAGAGGAAAGAAGGACUCCAGUUUGCUAAGAAACGCUCCUUGCUUUUUAUAGAGACCAGUGCCAAGACACAGGAUGGAGUGCAACAUGCCUUUGAGGAACUAGUCAGAAAGAUCCUGCAGACCCCAAGUCUUUGGGAUAAAAGCACAGAGAAACGGGGAGUCCAGCUAAUGGAAUCUUCAGCACAGCAGCAUAAAAGUUUAUGUGGUACAUACUGUCCACUUUCUUAAAUCUACAGGUGGCUGUUCUGCCUGAAUGGAGGGGACCUGAAAAAAAAAAAAAGGGGGGGUGGGUGGGUUCCAAGCACUAAUCUGUGCCGUGUUUGACCUGCCACCAGCUGUGCAGCUCCAAAACACAAACUGGGUAGCAAAAUACAUUUGUGUUCAUUAACAAAAUCCAAUUUCUCCUUCCCUGAUGCACAACUGCUAUCUGCAGAUAUUUUUCUGGUAACUCUGAGAUUUUUUCAGUAUUUAAUCAUAGUGCUGCUUAGAGUGUUGUGCUCUUGCUGUAUGGCAGUCAACGUGGACUUUUUCUGGAAUUCCUGCCUUAGCAGAAAUAAGGGAGUAUUCCAGUUUGGAAUGUUGAGCAACUUCUCUUCCCUGGCAUGGCAUGGGAGUUUUAGGCACCCAUUUUAGGCACCCAAGUUCCCUUAAAUGUAGUUAACAGUCAGGAGUUACCCUGAGCAGUGGACAUAGUUUGCUGAUUUUAAAAAGUCAGAAUUGCUACCUGUCCCCUGACAGUGAGCUGACUUACUCCUUAAUGUUAGGGUUGUCAUGAAGAUGUACCUGGGAUCAGGGGUGAAAUGGAGCCAUCCUUUUGGACUGGCUCACACUGGGGGUCCUUUUUGCAGCCAGUGUGGUUCUCUGCAAACUCACAUUCCUGUCCUCACUCAGCAACUGCAGGGCUCCAACUAAAUUUAAUAGAAACUGUGCUGGCUAUGGAAGAAGUUCUGUUGCCAAUCCCAUUAUGAAUUUAUCUUUUUACCUUUUAUACCUCUCUUGCCAUUGUAUCUUGGUAUUUUAAGUUUUUAGUCAUUGUAACUUAAGGUGGACCUUGUAUGUAACUUGCCUUGCUUCUCUUAAUGCAAAUAGUUUCUACUAUUAGGCUAUGUUUGACCAUAAAACAAACUUACAGCUUUAUUUACUGCUAGUCAUUCAAAAUAUUUUAAGAUGUUAAGAUGGCAACCUUGCUUUAAAUAAAUUCUGACCCUUAGUUUUCUUUAAAUUAAAUCUGUAUCUUCUGAACAUGUUUGUGUUCUUGCAAACUAUAAAAACCUGCUUGUAACCUGCAAUAUAGAUCUAGGGUAAGAUUAAUCUGCUCACUUCAUAAUUUGAAAUGCUGUUACUGAAACAGUUUUUAAAAUAUUACACUUAUUUAAAUAUUACAUGGUAUACACUUGGAGAAGAUGGAUAUGUGUAGCUGUUCUAUACAACUUCUUGAGCUAGAGGUGAUGUAGAUUCAGUGACACUGGUGUGUAAGAAAUGUGCUUUUAAUAUGCAUUGUUUAGUUCUGCUAAAUGUCAUGGAACAAGAAUAACACCAUACUGUCAAGAUGCAAGGAACAAGACUGGUGCACCAAAAGGUCUUGUUUAAAGAGCACAGUACACAGGAAAUAUUAGAGCACAGCAGGCAAGCAAAACCAGGAACUAGUUACAGCUAACAUGCACCUGUACAGUACUCUCCCUCCACCCCCCAAAUAAUUACAGAGCACAGGUACUUCCAGAAUCAUCUCUGCAUUUUCUUAUUAAGACCUAUCUAAUAAUAUUGUAUAUUCAAGUCUCCUGAAAUAUAUAUACAAGGUCUUCUAACAGUUAAGAUUUCUUCAGGCCAAUUAGAUGCUCUGGAAGCCUUUGCCAGAUUUGGAGCAAAGGCAGCCAUAAAUGCUGCAGGGAUGAUGAUUUGGACCUGUAGCUCAGCUACUUUGUCCUUCAGCCUCCUCCUUUUAGGAGUUGCUGCAUUGGUGUCAAGACUGUAUCCCAUCAGGUAGCACUUCCAAAGGUGUCUUGUAGAAAAUAGGCUGCUUAAAUGUUGUAUUUUAGAACCACGUGCAGGUACUUUCACAUAGACUAAAAAAAGUGUCUGUUUUAUCAGCUGGCUCAUCAUACAGGUGCACUCAUGGGUUGUUUAAAAUUUGUCCUGUGUCAGUAGGAAGAGACUGGGAAAGAGGGCAGAAGAAGUAGCUUGUUCCCAAAGACUACCUCAUUCUGAUUUUGUGGCUGGAGUUGUGGCCAAAGGACAAAAAUUCCACCUGGUCAGUCAGUGUCUCAGCACUAAAAUGCUUUAGAAGUGUGGGACCCUCUGUGAAACCUCACUGUACAAAAUACACUAUUUACAGCCUAAAGAUCAGUAAAAGAUUGGACUGA